AUGUAUGAUUCAUGGACCAUGUGGGAUUUUAAAUCCCAAUUCUUCUUGCAUGAAAGAUGGAGUUUGCACAAAAAAUUUCCUAAAGAGUUUAAUCCUUGCACUGUUGCAAUUUUCAAUGGUUAUCCUAACUACAGGCGUUUAGAUAAUGGUAGAGUAGUCAUUAUAAAAGAUAACCAAGUUGAUAAUCGAUGGGUCGUACCCUAUAACCCCUGGUUAUCAAAAAAAUACCAAGCCCACAUUAAUGUUGAAGCUUGCAUGUCUAUUAAGUCAGUGAAGUAUUUAUACAAAUAUGUCUAUAAGGGGCAUGAUUGUGCGAAUGUGGUAAUUAAUGAAAGUGUAGACCAUGAUGAAAUUAACACAUAUUUAGACUGUCGCUUUGUUUCCGCCCCAGAGGCUCUUUGGCGAAUAUAUGAGUAUUCCAUAAGUGAUAUGUCACAUACUGUUAUCCGCCUUCAAAUCCACCUUCCUGAUAAUCAGAGAGUAUAUUUUAACGAAGGAGAAGAACAAGUAGCUAUAGAUCGUGCAGCACAGCGUGACACUCACCUAACCGCUUGGUUGUUACUUUUGCAUGUAAAAGGUGCAAAGUCUUUUGAGGAUUUGCGUACUGUUCAUGGUACUGUUUUUAAUACAUUUCGUGAAGCAUGUUAUCAUUUAAGUUUAUUGCAAGAUGACAUUGAGUGGAGAAAUACAUUAACUGAAGCUGCUGCAACUCGGAUGCCUAAACAAAUUAGGCUACUGUUUUGCAUCAUAUUAAUUUUAUGUGAACCUGAUGAUCCUUUACACCUUUGGAAUACAUUUAAAAAUUAUAUGAUUGAGGAUUACAUACACCAUUCAAUGCCAGUCUUACUUGCUGAACAGGCAGCUCUUCGUCAAAUUGAAUCUAUAAUUAAUCAGAGUGAUAAAACCUUAGCUGAUUAUAAUUUGCCAGCUUUAGAUCAGUUUUUAGAUAAUGUCCCAGAAAAUGUUGAUGAAGAUGUUCAGGUGUUUAUUGAUGAAGCAAACCGAGUUAGACCAUUAUUGAAUGAUAAUCAACGUAAUGUAGCUGAUGCGAUCCUUGCUGCACUAAGUGUGGAACCUACUUACCAAAUAAGCAUUCAAGGCUGUUUUUUAUGGAUGGGCCUGCCGGUUGUGAGCAGGCAUACUAGAACUGCAACAGCUGCAUGGACAGGAAUAGCUGCAACUCUUCUCAAAAAUGGGUGCACAAUGCAUGGCUUAUUCAAACUUCCUGUUCCAAUUUUGGAAACUAGCACAUGUAAUGUAACUCCAAACUCUAUUCAUGGUAGAUUCCUGAGACAAAUCAGUUUGUAUUUACUUGAUGAAGCAUCUAUGAUACCCAAAUAUGCUUUGAGUGCCAUUGAUAAGCUAUUACAAGAUAUUUGUAAUAACAACUUUCCUUUUGGUGGUAAGGUUAUUCUUAUGGGUGGAGACUUCAGACAAAUACUUCCAGUUGUGAAGCGAGGUCGACCAGCAGAAGUAAUAGAAUCAUGUUUAAAAUGUUCUGAACAUUGGCAAUAUGUGCAAAGGUUCGCAUUAACUGUAAACAUGAGGGUUCAGAUAGAAGAAGAGGAAUUUUCUCAAUGGCUUUUAAAGCUUGGAAGUGGAACAUUACCUGUCAAGCCUGAAGAUCCUUUGCGAGGGUGUAUUGAAAUACCUGAGCAGUGCUUUCUCAGUGAUAAUGAAUCUAUUGUGGAGAAGAUUUUUGGUGGUGCAGAAGAAGCUGAUUAUGCAAAACGUGCUAUUUUAACGCCAACAAAUGUUGAUUCAUUGGCAAUAAAUGAAGAAGUCCUUCAUCGCUUACCCGGUGAUGUGAAAACAUAUUUAAGUUCAGAUAGCAUUGAUACUGAUGACCUUAAUGAAAUUAAUAACUUUACAGUUGAGUUUUUAAAUAGUUUGACUCCAUCAGAUCUCAAAGGUGGACUUUGUAAUGGAACCUGUUUGAUGGUGCAUGCAUUGCACAACAAUUAUAUUGAUGGUGAGGUUUUAACAGGUAUAUCAGCUGGUAACAGGGUAUUUGUUCCUCGAGUUCAAUUAGCUCCAUCAGAUGCAAAUUUACCUUUUAUACUUAAACGCCGUCAGUUUCCAGUUAGGUUAGCAUACUCAAUGACCAUAAAUAAAAGUCAAGGUCAAACAUUUGAAAAAGUUGUUGUUGUUAUUUCUCAAGAAGGAAGUUGGGUUACUGUAGAAACAUACGAUGAAGUACUUGUUUUGAUACAUAGCUACGAAACAGAGACUGUAUCAAAGUUUUCAUGCUAUAGUGCUGCUAAAAACAUUGGAAAUAUGGGAUGUAAAGUGCUUGAUUGUAUGCACAAGAAUGAUAGAAAAGCCCCUUCUAAAGAAAUUGCUGAGGAUAGUAAAUUUAGAAGAGUGCAAUUCUCAAACUGUAUUAAAGAUGCUUUGUCAAGAAAUAAAGUAUAUCUUGAUCCAGAUUACUUAAAUUUAAAUGCCUACUUGGCAGCUGCUUUAUUCCAGCCUAUAGAUCAAAGAUUAAAAGAUGAAAUCUUUGCAUAUGCUGGCCUAAAAUACGGAAAAGAUUAG